GCUGCUACUGGCUUUCAAGGAAAUAUUUGUAACUUUCAACAACAAGCUGCAGUGUUCUGUUUGAUAGAAAAUUUUGUAAGCUUCAGGGUGGAAGUGCCUCUGAAGAGUUUGACAAUGUUCCAGUUGAUAGCCACACCUUCAAAUGCCCUGGCGGAUGAGCCCGUGUCCAUCCGAGCAAUAGGCCUUCCUCCAUCGCAGAUAGUGACCAUCAAGGCGACAGUGAAAGAUGAGAAGGACAAUCUGUUCCAAUCCCAAGCCUUCUACAAGGCUAACAACGCUGGUGAGGUGGACGUGGAGCAGGCAUCGGCCUUGGGGGGUGACUACGUAGGGGUCCACCCAAUGGGCCUCUUUUGGUCUCUGAAACCCAAGAGGGCUUUCCACAGGCUGGUCAAGAAAGAUGUGAUGAACACCCCCCUUCGAAUCUGUCUGGAACUGUACGACUUUAUUUACUUGCAAGAUACAGUCAGAAUUCCACCCAAGGCCAGCCAGACAGUGCAGCGCUGGUUUGUUGGUCCUGGGGUUAAGCGGGAGCAGAUCCGAGAAAGUCGGGUGCGGGGAGCCCUUUUUCUCCCUCCAGGGGAAGGUCCUUUCCCAGGAAUUAUUGAUUUGUUUGGGUUCAUUGGGGGUCUAGUUGAAUUUCGAGCCAGUCUUUUGGCUUCCCAUGGCUUUGCAGUGCUGGCAUUAGCGUAUUUCGCCUAUGAAGACCUACCUGAGGAACUGCUAGAGGAGGACUUGGACUAUUUUGAGGAAGCUGCCAACUUCCUACUAGCUCACCCCAAGAUCCAACAGCCAGGAAUUGGUGUGAUCUCCACGAGUAAAGGAGCAGAGAUUGGACUGGCCAUGGCCUGUUAUCUGAAGCAGGUGGCUGCCACAGUCUGCAUAAAUGGGUCCAGCACCAUCUUAGACUUUCCACUAAGAUACCGGGAUCUGGUGGUGACACCCUUCGGACAGGCUCUGGAACAGACCCAAGUCCAUGUUUCAGGGGCUUUAUGCUUCCGUCACUGUACACAUGAUCUUCAGAAUAAACUGAACCCACAGAAUAUACUUCCAGUGGAAAAGGCCCAAGGGAAGAUCCUCUUCAUUGUGGCAGAGAAUGAUGAAUGCUUGGAUGGCAAGUCGCAUGCACAGAGGGCCAUGGACCAGCUCCGGAGCCAUAGGAGAAGCAGUGCAAGGAUGCUGGCAUACCCUGGGGCAGGCCACCUCAUAGAGCCUCCUUAUUCUCCCUUUUGCAUAGCCUCCUGGCAAUCUAUCUUGGGUAGACCCUUGCUUUGGGGAGGAGAUCCUGUUGCUCAUGCAGCAGCCCAGGAACACUCCUGGAGAGAAAUCCAAAAGUUCUUCAGGCAACACCUCCUUCAGUCCAGAAGCAAACUCUAAAUACUGUGACCAUGCUGGAGUAAAGGGCUGGGAGUACAUUAGAGAAAAGAUUGGAAUUGGUGUCGGGGCUAAAAGAAUUAGUUAGGGAAUGCUGGUAAAGGGUGGAAAUGAGGGACAGAAUUCCCCUGGCUUCCUUACACUCACAUUCAUCCCAAUUAAAUCGGAAGGAAAUGAGACAAAUAUAAGACCAGGACACACGUGCAUCUGAGGCAUUUCUGAUGAAUAUGUAUGUAGUUUGAAAUUUUCUUCUUUUUUUAAAAGAUCAG